UAGCUCAGGAAGGAUCAGAAGGUGGAGGAAUUUAGAAAGGGUGUGCACUGGUGGAGGGUUUUUGUUGAGAUCAGGAGUGUCGGUGUGGGUCUGGGAGGAGGGGUGGUGUGGGGGAGGAGGUUUCGAAGGAGGUCGUGCGGGCGGAGAGAUCGAGGCGAGGCGUCGGUGAGGAUGGGAGGCGACAGGGAGAAUGGGUGUCGCGGGGGUGAGCAGCAGUUGAAGGUGGAGAGUGCCAGGACGCCGAAGCGGGGGAAGGGCGGGAGGGCAUUGAAGGUGGACGCGACGCGGUUGAGCGAGUCGGGAGCGGCGUUGGAUUCCAGUCAUUCGGUGGGGUACAGCCCCCUGCUGUCGGCCUUCGCGCCGGAUGUGGACAUCAAGGAGGAAACACUGCUUUGGAUGGAUGGAAUGACUCAGACGAAGAAGCAGAAACUCCCAGAUCUGAAGUACAUGCGCCGACAUUCUGUGAGAAAGAAAGAUCAAUGUGCAGCUCUUGUUGUAGGACACUAUUGCCAUGACCAGAUCACCCUUCAUGGAGGCGAGACUGUGUAUAGUUUGGGAGGGUCUGUUUCGUACAUCACUAAUGUGUUCGAAGCCCUUGGUAUAGGAUCCCGGGUAGCUUCAAAGGUUGGGCCCGAUUUCUUGUAUUGUUCACAGAUUACACACCCACCUGAGGUCAUCGAAGACCAGAAAACCACUGAGUUUUUCGCAGACUUUACACAAGGGGAAGAGAGGAUUUUGAAGGCCGGAAGUAUUUGUGCACCAAUUGACUCGAUGGACAUACCCGAAAUGGAUUAUGAACUAGGUCUUGCGGUGGGGAUUGCUUGCGAAAUAUUGCCUGAAACCUUGCAGCACAUGGUUGACGUGGCCCGUUAUGUGGUGGUCGAUGUGCAGGCACUUAUAAGGACCAUCGAUCCAGAAACUGGCUUGGUCGGCCUUCGAAAUCUGGACGAGACUCCUUUCAUUGACAUGCUCGAAGACAUUCAUUUUUUGAAGGCAGCUCGCAAUGAAGCAUUGUAUAUCGACAUUGAAAAAGUGAGGCAAAAGACAUGUCUCAUCGUUACUGAGGGAAAGAAUGGCAGCAGGAUUUACUCCAACGACCGGGAGUUCCGUAUCCCUGCGUUUCCUGCAAUAGAAGUAGACCCUACAGGAGCUGGAGAUAGCUUCUUGGCUGGCUUCUCCGCAGGCUUGUACCAGGGCCUCCCUAUAGAGCAAGCGGUCUUAAUGGGCAAUUACUUUGGUGGUCUUGCAGUCGCCCAAGUUGGAAUUCCUCAUUUUACCGCCAGUCAACUCGAGUCAAUGGACGAGACUCGCAACGGAGUUCGCAUUGAACAAUUUCCGUAUUAUAGCCGUACUGCGCUUUGCAGCAAUUAGUAACAGCUUGGGCGAUGGUACUUCAAGCGAAACCUUGAGUUUGGCUGGUCUUUCGUACCAACAUUGUUUUAGCAUGAUAACUGUUUCACCCUUGCAACCAAACAAGCUCUACUGGGUAGAAUUAUUGACUCAAAGACAUACUUCGCUUGCUGUGAUCGAGACAGCAAUGUCUCUAACACGUCACGUGGACUAUCCUUAAAAAGAUGAAGAUGGGCCAUCAGGCAGUUUGCAGAGCCUACUCUGGCGAGGAAGGACAGGAUUAGAGAUGAUGACGAUCCCUUAAAAGCAGGUUCUUUUGUAAAUUUAGGAACCGCACAUGUUUUGUGUAUUGUAAUUUAGCGGUGUCAUGCUUAUCUCUCGUUAGCAGCUCAGCACCUACAUAAAUUUAUAUGCCGAAUUACAACAAUUAUCAGGGAAGGAUUGUCUUUAAGCCCAUCUUCUGUCAGGACUCCCUUGGACCAAGUUUUAAUCACUGGUCAUGAUCAAGAGCAAACUGAAUCAGUGCAAGCUUUAAUCAAUUUGUAAGCGGUGACGAAAGCAGCAUCUACAUAGCUUUCGGGUAUACAUGGAGUGAUGCAAUGAUUGAGUGAAAUAUUUAUUGUAGUGUCAAUAUCACACUCGGAACAGCAUGAAAGAAUGGAAUAAUUUGAAAUAUUGAA